AUGGAGAGCGCCUCCAAUGAGGAGAUGCUGCCCCCGGCGCUGCCUCUGGCGACGCUGAUUGGCCGCGAGCUCCGCGGCGGCGGCUCCGAGCGCCCGCUCGUGCGGUACGGCCACUCCGGCUUCGCCAAGCGCGGCGAGGACUACUUCCUGGUCAAGCCCGACUGCCUCCGCGUCCCCGGCGACCCUUCCUCGGCCUUUUCCGUCUUCGCUGUGUUCGACGGUCACAAUGGCGUGUCGGCGGCGGUGUUUAGCAAGGAGCACUUGCUCGACGAUGUGAUGAGCGCCGUGCCGCAAGGUAUCAGCCGCGAGGACUGGCUGCAGGUGCUGCCGCGCGCGCUUGUGGCAGGCUUCGUAAAGACAGACAUUGACUUCCAGCGCAAGGGUGAGACUCAGAGAGAGGCCAUUGCAAUGCCGUUAUAUUCCCCGGCGAAUCUCAUCACUAAGUUGUUGUUAACUCUGGGAAUUGGUGCAGGGGAAAUGUCAGGGACGACGGCGACGUUGGUCGUCAUUGAUGGGUUCACCGUGACUGUGGCGUCAGUCGGAGACUCCAGGUGCAUCCUUGACACUCAAGGUGGUGUGGUCUCUCUGCUAACCGUGGACCACAGGCUAGAGGAGAAUGCAGAGGAGCGGGAGCGUGUCACGGCGAGUGGAGGGGAGGUCAGCCGGCUGAACCUCUGCGGUGGACAGCAGGUUGGCCCUCUCCGAUGCUGGCCAGGUGGACUGUGCCUUUCAAGAUCAAUUGGGGAUACCGAUGUUGGGGAGUUCAUCGUGCCAAUUCCACAUGUCAAGCAAGUGAAGCUCUCUAGUGCUGGAGGAAGGCUAAUAAUUGCAUCAGAUGGAAUAUGGGAUGCAGUGUCCUCAGAGAUUGCAGCGCAGGCGUGCAGAGGCUUGCCUGCAGAAUUGGCCGCAAAGCUUGUUGUUAAGCAAGCUCUAAAGACAACUGGAUUGAAAGAUGAUACAACUUGUGUAGUUGUUGAUAUCAUCCCAUCUGAUCAUUGUUCAACACCACCACCGUCGUCUCCAAAGCAAAAUCAGAACAAGUUGAGGUCUCUUCUUUUUGGUAGGAGGUCCCAUAGCUCUGUUGGAAAGCUUGGUAACAAAAAAAAGUCUGCUUCAUUUGGAUUUGUGGAGGAAUUAUUUGAAGAAGGCUCUGCAUUGUUGGAAGAAAGGUUGGGUAGAAAUUGCCUGUCAAAAGCAAAUUUGCCCCCAUUUCGCUGUGCGAUCUGUCAAGUAGACCAAGUGCCAUUCGAAGAUUUAGUAACAGAUAGUGGGGAAGGUUACUGCUCUGCCCCGUCAACACCAUCGACCGCUCCUUAUCUUUGUUCUGGCUGUAGAAAAAAGAAGGAUGCAAUGGAAGGUAAAAGAUCUAGUCGCUCGACUGCAUGCACUUGA